AUGCAACAAACAGCCUCAGGCGAUCCAGAACUUGAUGUUAAUGAGUUCAUUACCUUUUUCAAAGGCUCUUCUCAUAACUACGGCUAUAUUUAUACAACAGAAAUCUCUGAAGAUUUAUACAGACAGGUUACAUACCAUUCAAUCUAUUCCUUCACAGCUCCACAGCUUACAUUCAGAUUAAGACAAACAUUCGAUGAUAGGAACUACGUAGAGCCAAAGGGCCCAGGUGCCAAGCGUCGUACAAUCGCUACAGCUUCACCAUACGAUUUCCAUGGCUUAGUCGAACCAAACGUCGACUGGCAACAAAUCCAUACAAUCGAAGGUGCUGCUCUUAAUGAUGCUACAUUCAACGGCAAAAUUACAGAAGAAGAUAUCAAAUUCACAGGUAGAGCUAAAGUCUUCAACAACAGCUUACUUUCAACACGCCCACACAAGAAGCGUGCACUUCCAGAAGCAAAUUACAAGGAAGAAAGCCCAAUCCUCGAAGAUCCUGUCUUCAAGGAAAUCGCCCAGGAGAAGACAAAGGCCAACAUCCGUGUUUUCGCUUCAGCCAAAGCUCUUGCAGCCAUUUCUGUUGUUAACAGAUCCGUCUGUCCAUUCGAGUUAAUCUUCAAGAAGGACGGAAUCAAUCUUUGGGUAUACCAACGCACCGAAGAGUCUCCAGCCAUUUUUGAAUCAUCCUUCGAAACAAUUACAAUCCCAGUUAACCAACGCCGUGACGAUACAAGAGAAGAAUUCCUCAGAAAUCUUGUUGAAGCCUCCAACAUCGCCGCCCAGUUCCAGGCAGCUGCCAAUUCCGGUGAUGGCCCAACAUUUACACUUGGCGAUGACUUAGAACAUCCAGGCGACGAUGAUGACUCAAAGCCAUAUCUUUAUCGUCGUUUGGUCCUCGACAAUGUCGAAUUCAUCAUCCGUGCUGAGAUCGAUUGCCUCAGAGAUCCAUUACAGCCAGGCGAACGUCCAUCCAUUGCUAUCUGCCGCACAUUCAACAACUUACCAACAUCUUUGAGACAAGUCAGCUACGCAACAGACCUCGAGAAGGCCAGAUCAUCAUUGUUACUCGCAGAAGUUAAGGAUAACUCCAACAUCUUCGCAAAGUGGGUCGCAAUCGGUCGUUUCAUGGAUUGCCAACAGAUCUUCCUCGGUUUCGUAGAGAGAAAGGUCAGCACAAACAAGCAGCAGCACGUCUUGUUGGCUUCAGAAAGACAGGCUUACGGAAGAGGCGCAAGCAUCAUCACAUUACCUGAAGCUUCUAUGAUGGGCCAGAUUUACCAGGUCUUCCAGAAAAUGAUUGCUAGCGAUGACGGAAUUUACCACUUCCAGAGAGAUUCUACUCACAGAGUGGUUAAGAUUUUCAAGGAAGUCAAGGAUAAAGUCAAACUCGAUGAGGAAUAA